AUGAUUUCUGGCGGUGACCCCAGCAAAGCGAUACACUGGCCUAGUACAGCACUAAAAAUAGAAGAAUGCAUAAUGAAGGGAAAAGAUUCAAGUGAAUGUGCAAAUUAUGUUCGGGUUUUACAUCACUACAAUAGGACACACCUUCUGACCUGUGGUACUGGAGCGUUCGACCCACUUUGUUCCUUCAUCAGGGUUGGAUACCAUUUGGAGGAUCCCCUGUUUCACCUGGAACCACACAGAUCUGAGAGAGGAAGGGGCCGGUGUCCCUUUGAUCCCAGUUCUUCCUUCAUCUCCACUUUAAUUGGUAGUGAAUUGUUUGCUGGGCUCUACAGUGACUACUGGGGCAGAGAUGCGGCCCUCUUCCGGAGCAUGGGACGACUGGCCCAUAUUCGCACCGAGCAUGAUGAUGAGCGCCUGCUGAAAGAACCAAAAUUUGUAGGUUCAUAUAUGAUUCCUGACAAUGAAGACCGAGAUGACAACAAAGUGUAUUUCUUUUUUACUGAGAAGGCCCUGGAGGCGGAACAUAAUGCCCAUGCCAUUUACACCAGAGUGGGGCGGCUCUGCAUGAAUGAUAUGGGAGGACAGAGAAUACUGGUGAAUAAGUGGAGCACGUUCCUAAAAGCGAGACUGGUGUGCUCAGUACCAGGAAUGAAUGGGAUUGAUACAUACUUUGAUGAAUUAGAGGAUGUUUUUUUGCUGCAUACCAGAGAUCAUAAGAACCCAGUGAUAUUUGGACUCUUUAACACUACCAGUAAUAUAUUUAGAGGGCAUGCAAUAUGUGUCUAUCAUAUGUCCAGCAUCCGGGCAGCGUUUAAUGGACCAUAUGCACAUAAGGAAGGACCCGAAUACCACUGGUCACUCUAUGAAGGAAAAGUCCCUUAUCCCAGGCCUGGUUCUUGUGCCAGCAAAGUGAAUGGAGGACGGUACGGAACCACGAAAGACUACCCCGAUGAUGCUAUCCGAUUUGCGAGAAGCCAUCCACUUAUGUACCAGCCCAUAAAACCUGCCCAUAAAAAACCAAUUCUGGUAAAAACAGAUGGAAAAUAUAACCUGAAACAAAUAGCAGUGGAUCGAGUAGAAGCAGAGGAUGGCCAGUAUGAUGUCUUGUUUAUUGGGACAGAUAAUGGAAUUGUGCUGAAAGUAAUCACGAUCUACAACCAAGAAACAGAAUCAAUGGAAGAAGUAAUUUUAGAAGAGCUUCAGAUAUUCAAGGAUCCAGUUCCUAUUAUUUCUAUGGAGAUUUCUUCAAAGAGACAACAGCUGUACAUUGGAUCUGCUUCUGCCGUGGCCCAAGUCAGGUUCCAUCAGUGUGACAUGUACGGAAGUGCUUGUGCUGACUGCUGCCUGGCUAGAGACCCUUACUGUGCCUGGGAUGGCAUAUCCUGUUCCCGGUAUUACCCAACAGGCACACAUGCAAAAAGGCGGUUCCGCAGACAAGACGUUCGGCAUGGAAAUGCAGCUCAGCAAUGCUUUGGACAGCAGUUUGUUGGGGACGCUUUGGAUAAAACUGAAGAACGGCUGGCCUAUGGCAUAGAGAACAACAGUACUUUGCUGGAAUGUACCCCACGAUCUCUGCAAGCAAAAGUUAUCUGGUUCGUACAGAAAGGACGUGACACAAGAAGAGAGGAGGUGAAGACAGAUGACAGAGUGGUUAAGAUGGACCUCGGUUUACUCUUCCUAAGGGUGCGCAAAAUGGAUGCCGGUAUCUAUUUUUGCCAGACAGUAGAGCACAGUUUUAGCCACACUAUCCGAAAAGUCACCCUGGAGGUAGUGGAAGAGGAGAGAGUGGAGGAAAUGUUUACCAAAGACUAUGAAGAGGACGGGCCUCACAAGAUGCCUUGUCCUGCUCAGAGCAGCAUCCCGCAGGCAGCAAAACCAUGGUACAAGGAGUUCUUGCAGCUGAUUGGCUACAGCAACUUCCAGAGAGUGGAAGAAUACUGUGAAAAGGUAUGGUGCACAGAUAAGAAGAGGAAAAAGCAUAAAAUGUCACCUUCUAAGUGGAAAUAUGCCAACCCACAGGAAAAGAAGUUCCGUCCCAAAGCCGAGCACUAUCGCCUGCCCAGGCACACGCUGGACUCCUGAUGGGUGAAGCCAUCGACUGGCUUCUGAAGAAUUUAUAUUUGGAACCAAAAAAAAAAAAAAAAA